CGCCACAGGGAUAUAACCUGGCUGCAGCCUCAGAAAUAAGAGGCCCCUUGUAACCUAAUCGAUUGCCGAGCACAGAGGCAGACUGGGUCCGCGCUCUGUGAUCCGUUUCUCUGUGUCAGACCAACUUCCCAGAAUAGCAACUCGGGCGGGUUGUCUGCUGCUCUGCUCUGCUCUGCUCUGGAGGAGAUGGAGGAGGAAGUCACUGGUGGAUUUAACAACUGUUGCUUUUGCUGCUGCUGCUGCGGAAUCAAACUACCUUUCAGUCCGCACCUCAUGGCGCCUGUCGGGCUAAAAUGAAAUCCAUUCCAAACCAAGACAUUCAGUCGGGAUCAAUGUGCAAGUUCAUGGGAUUAUAUGAACUCCUACGUGUUUAAGGGAGGUGGAGACAAUUUACCACCUCCUCUCUCUGCCCUAGACUGAAAUUAUCAACUGAUUUUGCACAGGGGAGAAGCUUGAAGCACUCCCUGCAGCACUUGAAAUGGAGACUCCCAGUGGCUACAGUGCUAGUAACGGCCAAUGCUCUCCUGGUAAGGAGAACUCGAGAAUGUUGGUAGAUAUGUCAACACCUAAUGGACAGACAGUUCCUCAGGGUCCUAAUUCCCCCAGUGAAGUGACAAUUAAGCAAGAGGAGGAAACAGCGGAGGAGGCUGACAACAGAAGCCCAGCGCUUGAAGAAAUAGGCCAAAUAAGGGAGGAAGGAGAAGGAUUGGAGGAAUCCAUGACUGGCAGCCCAAGCAAUGGACAGGAUGGAUUAUCUGGACCAAAUGUGACAGCUGAUGCAGGAAGUCGACAACCAAACGGUGACAGGCCGUUCCAGUGCAACCAGUGUGGCGUUUCGUUCACCCAGAAGGGAAACCUGCUGCGACACAUCAAGCUGCACACAGGCGAAAAACCCUUCAAAUGCCCCUUCUGCAGCUAUGCCUGCCGGCGGCGUGAUGCCCUCUCCGGUCAUUUGCGCACUCAUGCUGUUGGCAAACCACACAAGUGUAACUACUGUGGGCGGAGCUACAAACAGCGUACUUCCUUGGAGGAACAUAAAGAACGCUGCCAUAGUUACCUGCAGGGUAUCGGCUUGGAUCCAACCGCCAAUACUGGCCCUUACACAGGUGAGGUUCCUAAAGAGCCGAGGCCCAUAGCUGAGGCCAACACCAUGGCCACCUUUGACCGGCCGCCCGUUAUUGAAAGGCUGCAUAAUAAUGUGGGCAAAAGGAAGAGCACCACACCUCAAAAAUUUGUGGGUGAAAAGAUGUUGCGCUAUAGCUACCCUGAACUAGGCUAUGAGAUGGGCCUUAAGUAUGAGAAGCAGGCUGAUCUGAUGCCGGCCCACAUGAUGGACCAGGCCAUCAACAAUGCCAUGACAUACCUGGGAUCGGAAACACUUCGACCCAUGCUUCACCAUCCAGGUCCCCCUCUCUCUAUAGCUGAUGUGGUGCCCAUGGUCAACCCCCUCUUCCACCAUGUCGUACCAUUGGCCCAACGAACAGAGCGUCAAGGAAACUGUGACACGCUGCCAUCUCAUCCACAUGACUUCCCCAGCCACCCCACCACAAAUGGCCCCACUGCAACCAGGCAGGGCAAGCCGCCCCAGAAAGGGCAAGAGGAAUCUCCCAACAACAGUGGAGUUGACUCUGCUGACUCAGCUCGCAGCAGCCCUCAAGAGAAGCAGGGCUACCAUGGGAGCAACCCCCAUUCCGGCUUCAGGUCUCGGGCCAGUCCAGCUGUGGUCUAUUCAAGUGAGCGGCUGACAGAUGCUUCCCCAAGAAGUGGAGCAGGAAUGGGGAGUGGGAUAAUGCGAGUGGCCACAGAGAGGCCUAUGAGCCAGGAAGGGGUGCGGGUGUUUGGACAAGAGGGCCAGGAGUUGCGGGCCUUCCAGUGCGAGCACUGUCGGGUGCUCUUCCUGGACCAUGUCAUGUACACCAUCCACAUGGGUUGCCAUGGAUACAGAGAUCCACUGGAGUGCAACAUCUGUGGUCACCGCAGCAAAGACCGCUAUGAGUUCUCCUCUCACAUAGUCCGAGGUGAACACACCUUCCAAUAAAUGGAUGGGUAGGAAUUAAGGGAAAGACAUAGAAGGGAAGCAAUAGCCUGAUAUCCGUCCUUAUCCCCAGACCUCGGAGACUACACAGUCGAAUGACACUGUAGACAAGUGUAGCACAAUCAUAGCAUAGAUUUCUCUUUAAGCUACUUAUUGGGAAUCUGAACAGUUGAACAAUCAUAUGAAGGUAUGGGCCAAAGACACAUUUUCUAUAUAUUUAAUAAAGAUAAAUGUAGAGGAAGGAAGGUAAGUUUAUUGUGUUUUUUCAAAAUGGUCAUAAAUUGUAUAACAGAGCAGCUGUCAGAUGACUUGGACUAGUUUUUUCAUUUUAGCCUUGUUUAAAAAUGUCUUUUUUGUGCUCAUCAUUCUUUUGUUAUGUUUUUCACUCUUAAAAAGUAAUGAAUACAUACAAAUAUUAGACCAUGUUCCUACCCUGUGGGCUUAAUGGCCUGGAUAAGAUUAAAGAUUAAAGUUUCAGUUCAACCAGAUAGAUUGCCAUGAUUAACACUCAUGACAGUGUUAAAGGAAAAAAAAGAAUUACUACUGUUCAUGAAUUCUUUCAUGAACAUAAUAGCAGUAUGGUAUUGAACUGGCCCACUUACUGUGACAUAGCACACAACAUCUUCUUUCUUUUUUAUGACAUUCCCUUGGCAAUCCACAAUGCUAAUGCAUUUUCCUAUGAUCAAUGGUGUAGUACACAUAAUGGUAUGGUCAUCUGGUGCUGUGUCCUCUAUCUGCAAGUAACUUGGUGUCAGUUUGGAUUUGAUUGAUUGUGGUGUGGUUGUGUCUGUAUCUAUCUGCAUUAGUAGAAAUUUAAACAGUCGUGCCAUCAUCUUAAGUAUUCUGUUCUGCUCUAGUGUUGCUUUGUAUAACUGCAUAAUUUAAAUAACAUACAUAAUGUAUAUACAUAGAUUACUACCAGGGUUGUAAUAAAAUAAAUAAUAUAUAAAUAAAAAUUACUUACUUAAAAUACUAUUAGAAAUUACUUCAGAUUUUACCAAUGACUCCCAAUAAUGGAUACAACAAAUACAGUGUUUUGAAUUUGUUAUUCUUGAAGGAAUCUCUAAACACAAAUAAAAACUACAGUUACAGAUGUACUGUAUAUCACAUUGUGGACCAUUAUGUUUAUCAUAAAUGCACUUUCCUAUCCAAAUACUCAAACAAAUUCAAAUAAUUGUUAUAUACAUACAUUGCUUUAAAUAUGAUUCUGGUUCACAUUAUUAACAAAUUUGUGAAGUUGGUGAAGUAUAAGCCAAAGUUACACUUUAAAGCUAAUGCUAACUCUAUAAAAGGGCCCCAAAGCUAUCUGAACCUACCUUUUAACCACUUCAUAGGAUUCUGCUGAGGUGAUAGCCGUAAUUAAUAAACUUCGACUUCCUGUUGUUGGCCUGUAUGUAUUGUAAUGUAUUGCAGGUCCUGUCAAAAAAUCAAAUCAAACUAUUCUGAAAAAUUGUACACAAGAAGCAUUUUCAAAAAACUCCAAUGUUUUAAGACAAUGAAUUUCGAAAAUAAAAAAAAAGGUAAAAUACACAAAUACAUAUAUAUAUAUAUAUAUAUAUUUGCAAACAUUUUUAUUUCUGCAUUUGUUGUAUUGGGACUAAUUUCUCUCCAUAGUGAUCAGCCUCUAUUCAGUUUGUACUUGAACUAUUGAUCAGAAAGCAAAGAAAAAUAAGACAGUAGCCUAUCAGUUCUUUGACCUUAAAAUGUUCAGCCAUGGCCAUCUUGUUCUCAACUUUUUCUCUUCUUAGCUGUCAAGCUAAUGCAUUCUCCACACCAUAAUAAACCAUUUGUUUUUUUUUCACUGGUUGGUCUUAUAGAAAAUUAUCAGACCCUGGUUGCUUGCAGUAUGAGCACACGAUUAGGUUCCUAUACUUUGAGCAUCAUUGUUUGUUUUUCAAUCUGGCAGACUCACACAGUGACACCAUAAAAUGGCUUAGGGGAGGUACAGUAACUCUUCAUUUUGAUGACUUAAAAAUCUAGAAGUCAUUUAACUACCUGGCUGGAGUAUGAUGCUUCAUGGCAAUGGAUGCCAAAUGGAUAAUGGAGGCUAAAGGUACUGCUCAGGCUAAGAGGGUUACUCUUCUCUGAUGUACCUCCCUUUAUGCUUUAGGUCUCUCUUUUUGAUCUAAUCCUCUUUGUGAUUUAGACUGGAUGGCUUUGUGUGUAUAUAGGUGUGUAUAGUGUUAUAUUUGUUUUUCAGUGCUUGGGGUAUGGGGUCAAGUAGGGUCUGCAUUAUUGGUGAUGUGUUCUAACACGGUAAAUACAUACUUAUGUAUGUAUGUACCAUAUGUCUGGUUUCAAUGCCAUCUUCCAUCUUAUUUGUAUGUCAUGACAAAUACAGGGAAACAUCACCGACUCUGCACAAAAAAUAUAUUUUUUGAGGUGCUUUAUCCUUGGCACCUCAAAAUUUUGCAUAGUGCAGUUUGAAUUGCAGCUGAAUACCUAAAAUGUAAUUGAUUUCUUACUGUAGUAUUAUCAACCCAAUCCCUACCAGCACAAUCUCAAGCACAUACACACACACACACACACACACACACUAAUGUAUCUCACGCUUCCUCUCUCGCUGAAUCUUGCUCUUUGCAUUGUCAUAAUGUGGCCACAUUCUUGUAUGACCUUAGAGGGAAUCUUGAAGGAGACAGCAUGAGCAAGAGGAAAAAUGAGAGGAGUGUGGUCACCACAUAGUACUACUCUGAAGACACUUCCCAAAACUGUUUCAUUCAAAGUCAACUCUGCAAACCUUCUCUAACAAUAACUUAUGUAUGCAUGUAGAAGAUGGCAAGUAUGAAAAAAGCCGCUUCCACCCACCUCCAAAUGUUUUGUCCGUCAUCUACAGUAUGUUGAAGGAUAACAGAUUUCGAUCAACAUUUGUAGCUCUUUGAUAGUUAAAUGUAUCUCCCUGCUAAUACUGUGCAUUGUACAUUUGGCCCUGCACUUUAAGUCUAUGCCCUGACUAUAGGUAGUAUUGAUUUUUUUUUUUUUAAGUAGUUAUAUUAAGUGUAACUUAAGUGUAGGCAAAGUCAAAAACAACCAUUAACAGAACACAGGUUAGGUUUUUCUCUGAAACAGCAAUCUUAGAGCACAUUGGAAAGUAAUACUCUAGUGUAGGUUUUGCUGUGCUGUCUGACGAAAAAGUUUUUUUUGUAACAGUAGUAAGUUUGACAUCACUAGUUUCACACUGGUCAGCAUCAUACAUAGUUGAUUAUUCUCUAAGAUUAAACUCAGUGAUUAACUCAUUUAUGUUCAGUGUCUACUUGUGAUCAAAAGGCAGCUUUUCUCUGUUUACAUAUUGCUUCUCUUAUGCGCAACUGGUGCCCAGCUAGCAUAAAAACUUACUAUGUGUAAAGUAUUGGCACUGGAAAUUGUUUACACCUCGCAGCUGUGAUACUGACUCUAUACAUUCCUCUAUUAUAUUAUUCCUGUAUAUAUUCAUUAUCUGAAGCCUUAUUUGUUAAGAGAGGGGUCCCCCUCUCCUCUUAAUAAUCCAAUGAUCAAAUGUAAUUUGAUUUUACCCUGAUUUUUCUUUAUCAAUCCCCUUCGCAAGGAACACAAUAAUCAGACCAGAACUAAGUCAAAUUGAACUGGGUAUAAUAUCUGACCGAUGCUCAAAUUAAAUGUUUUUUUCUCAGUUUUCACUUGUUCUCCAGGGUAUAUUUGCUAAGACUUUGUGGCACAGAGAUAUUUUGUAUGUUCUCAUAGUAAUGUUGUAAUAACGACAGCCUUACUUGUACACAAAUUCUUUAAAUGAAGCAGCCAUAUGAACAAAAAUCAAAUAAAAGAAGGUCUUAUGUCAGCGCUCCUUGUGAGUGAGGAGUUUACUUGAAAAUCAAAAUCACUGCUAUAGUUUCAGAUUUCGGGGAUGUUUUUGUAAAUUUUGAAUAUGCGUGUGCUAAAUGUCUAUUUUUCUGCUGAAAUAGUUUUGUGAACUUUUGUGUGUUUUUUUAAGUUUAAAAAUGUUUACAAAAAUGUAAAAGACUGGGUUCAGGUGCAUUGUAUUUUUUAAGAAAUAAUAUAUGAAAGGUGUAUAUUUUGGCACUGAAUAUUGAAAUUAUCCAGAAAUGUGCGCCGAUUGACCAUCUCUGAUAAUGAAAACAACUUUCUGAUAUGAGGGCUCUCAGGUAUUUGCAAUGGUUGUGUAUUUUUAUGUCCUAAAAUAUGUGAUUUAUUUAUCAAAAAGAUAAACAGUAAUUGAAAUUGUUUGGUCAUCUCUCAUGACUUAAAUCAGUCCACAGUGAAUGUGGUGAAGGAAGUUGGAGGUUUGUUCAGCCCUGUUUUUGACAUCAAUGACAUUACAUGAAGACACACUGCUGUGAAGAAUACAAUGUAUAUUUUUAAGGCAUGGGUUUCUCUCUAUUAAAUAAAUGAUUUUACUGCCUUG